UAACGUCUUACGUCGCGUCCGACGAAGCAUCUCGUUAGUCUGUUAUCUCAUCGCAUCACGAUGGUUUCGACCUUCGUCUUGUUGCUGACUACUCUAGUCGUCAUCGGCGUUCUGAAAAUUCUUUCUGUGCUGCAUCACGCGUAUUUUUACUGGAGGAAUAAGGGCCUACCUUACCUGCCAAAUUCGAUAUCGUCUUUUAUAACAGUUUGGAAAGUGUUUGCGGGCUAUAUCCCAUUAGCCGAUUAUUGCCAAUACAUAUACCGUUCCUUCCCAAACGCUAAAUAUGUUGGAGGAGUGGAUUUUUUUACGCCUGCCAUAUUUUUGCGCGAUCCUGAGCUGAUUAGAGACAUCAUGGUGAAAGAUUUUGAACAUUUUCCGGAUCAUCGCAUCUUCGUUGACGAAAGCGUAGAACCGCUGUUUGGCAAAAACGUCUUCUCCUUGCGCGGAGAUCGUUGGAAAGACAUGAGGACUACGCUAAGUCCCUCUUUCACCGCCAGCAAAAUGAAGUUCAUGUUCGAUUUGAUAUCGAAAUGUUCUCACGAUUUCGUCAAUUAUCUGGUCGACCAUCCGGAGCUCUGUCAGGAGGUCGACACAAAGGCAGCCUUCAGACGAUACACCAAUGACGUAAUUGCUACGGCAGCCUUUGGCAUAAGUGUGAAUUCUAUGAAAGAUCGGAACAAUGAGUUCUAUACAAGAGGAAUAGAGGCUACCACGUUUACUUCCGGACUACUAACGCUUGUUAAGUUUAUAUUUUUACGCGUGUGUCCACGGUUGGCUAAAUUAAUAGGUUUAUCUUUUUUCCCGUCGGCCACGUCCAAGUUUUUUAAGAAGAUCGUAGGGGAAACCAUUAGAGAGCGAGAAAUACAAGAUAUCGUCAGACCAGAUAUGAUUCAUUUGCUAAUGCAGGCUCGGGACAAAGAAGGUGCCAGUGUACCGAAAAUGACAUUGGACGACAUCGUUUCGCAAGCUUUCAUCUUUUUCUUCGCUGGUUUCGAUACUUCCUCGACCUUGAUGUGUUUCGCAGCUCACGAGCUGGCGGUUAAUCAAGAUGUUCAGGAUCGCCUGCGCGAGGAGAUCUUGCAGCAUCUUACCAAAGGAAACGAUGAGAUUUCUUACGAGUCGCUAUCGAAAAUGUCUUACAUGGACAUGGUGAUUUCCGAAGCUCUCAGAAAGUAUCCACCAUUUGUCCUCAUCGAUAGACUUUGCGUUAAGGAAUACGAACUACCUCCGUCGCAACCAGGCAGCAAAAAAGUGAUCGUCAAACCUAACAACACAUUGAUGUUUCCCGUUUAUGCUAUACAUCGCGAUCCAAAAUAUUUCCCGAACCCGGAUAAGUUCGAUCCCGAAAGGUUUAGCGAGGAGAACAAGGACAACAUUUUACCAUACAGUUAUCUACCAUUCGGUCAUGGGCCUAGAAAGUGUAUCGGCAAUCGAUUUGCUCUUAUGGAGACUAAGAUUCUGAUAGCUCAUCUUUUGCAAAAGUUUACUUUAAAAACUGUAGAAAAAACCGUCGAACCAGUUGUACAUUAUAAAGCGGAGUUUUCGCUGGCCCCUGAUGGCGGAUUUUGGAUUGGCUUGGAAAAGAGAGAAACGUGAAAAUCUUGUGCAAAGACAUAAUUCUAUAUACGGUAUAGUUGUGUUCGUAAAAAUAUUAUCGCAUUUUUAACUUGCAAAAGAUUCAACGCUUUUAAAGAUGAUUAAAGUGUACAAUAAGAUUUAUUUGCGCUCUAUUAUCAUCCAAUGCACAAAUCGAAUAAUUGGUUUUGCUAAAAGAAAAUGAAAAAAUUGAUAAGCAUUGUCAGUAGCUUAAGACUCGCGAAUUUACUCGUCGUGUAGAUCAUUUUUAAUGACUUGUAUAACUUCGACUUGUCGUCCAAUAGCACAGUAGAGGUGAUGGGGAUACGAUAUCGUUAAUUUUUUAUAUAUAAGAGUAAAUAGUUUAAUUACGCGAC